ACCAACGCCCGAACCGACUCGGACCGGACGCAUCGCGUCGCCUCCUCUUUUUUUCUUUCUUGCGGUGGCGGCCAAAGCCAGCGAACACCUGAGCUCUCUCGCCGCCGCGCCGCUUAGGGGUUUUCCGCCGCCGCAUCCGCCGAUCUCCCCGCCGCCAUGGACGCCUCUCUCAUGGGCUCCCCCUCUCCCGCCGCGGGCGACGCCCCCACCUCCGGGGAGCACCGGAUGGGGACCACCAUCGUCGGCGUCUGCUACGACGGCGGCGUCGUCCUCGCCGCCGACUCCCGGACCAGCACCGGAAUGUAUGUGGCGAACCGUGCAUCUGACAAAAUUACUCAACUGACUGACAAUGUGUACGUCUGCCGCUCUGGAUCUGCUGCCGACACACAAGUCAUUUCGGAAUAUGUACGCUAUUUUCUCCACCAACACACAAUUCAGCUUGGGCAACCAGCUACUGUGAAAGUUGCAGCCAACUUAAUUAGGUUGUUGGCUUAUCAGAACAAGAACAUGUUGCAAGCUGGCAUGAUUGUUGGUGGAUGGGAUAAAUAUGAGGGUGGCCAAAUUUUCUCAGUCCCCCUUGGUGGAACAAUUCUGAGGCAACCAUUUGCAAUUGGAGGUUCUGGUUCCAGUUACCUGUAUGGACUGCUUGACCAUGAAUGGAAGGAGGGCAUGUCCCAGGAAGAAGCUGAGAAGUUUGUGGUGAAGGUGGUUUCCCUUGCUAUAGCCCGUGAUGGUGCUAGUGGAGGGGUUGUUCGUACAGUCACCAUAAAUGCCGAUGGUGUUUCGAGGAAAUUUCACCCUGGUGACAAACUACCACUCUGGCAUGAAGAGAUGGAGCCCCAGAACUCGUUGCUCGACAUACUUGCUGCUGGGAACCCUGAUCCGAUGGUCCAGUGAUUCAGCCAUACACCACCAUUCUUUUCCAACUUUCUACUGUAUCUGACUUGCUCUAGAUUUUUACUGAACUGGACUGCAGAAUUGUUCCACACCGACUUGUUGUUACUCUUUAUUAUUUUAACUUAGUAAAUUCUCGGUUGCUCGGUAAUGCGAAGUGUGUCACAUUGGAUUGGUCCGGUAGCCCGGUUACUGCAA